UAAGAGAAUACAAGGAACAUAGAAAAUACCUUUGCAGGAACCUGCGAUUAAAACCCUGAUUCAUCGAAGCGCAUGCUUCGCCAUCUUCACCGAUUCGUCCGAUCAACGGAUAAAUUCAUGAAGCAGUCCUAAGUAUUCUGAUCAUCUCUCCAAAUCUGUGGAAAGUUUUCUUCUUUGUCUGUGUAUAUGGCGAGUGGGCAAGUAGAGAAGCGAGUGAAACACAAGAGCUCUGUGAAGGAUCCGGGAACUCCUGGAUUUCUCAGAAUUAGGGAAGAAGCGCUGCUCUUCGUGCCGAACGACCCAGCAUCAGCUCCAAAACUUAAAGUGCCGAUUCAGAACAUCAAAGGUCAGAAAAACACGAAAGAAGCAUCCAAUAAACCUCCAUGGCUGAAUCUCAGCACUAAGCAGGGAGGGAGUCACAUUUUUGAAUUUGACAACUAUCCUGACAUGCUUUCUUGCCGUGAUUUUAUUGCUAAGGCCCUUGCCAAAUCUGAAGAGCCUCCUGAGAAACAAGCUGUCACGACAUCAGGUGAGCAACUUAGCAGUGCAGAAAUGCAGCUACGCAUCAAGCUGCUUCGAGAAAAUAGUGAGUUGCAGAGAUUGCAUAAGCAAUUCGUGCUAAAAAAUAUCCUGACAGAAGAGGAAUUUUGGGCGUUGAGGAAGAACUUACUUGGUAAAGAUCCCAGCAAAAAAUUGAGGCAACAGAUUGGACUGAAGAGUAUGAUGGUUUCUGGCAUCAAACCAUCUACUGAUGGACGGACUAAUAGGGUCACAUUUAACUUGACACCGGAAAUUAUUUUUCAGAUAUUUGCUGAGAAGCCAGCUGUACGGCAGGCAUACUUAAAUUUUGUUCCGAGAAAGAUGACCGAAAAGGACUUCUGGACCAAAUACUUUCGAGCAGAAUAUCUUCAUAGCUCUAAAAAUACAGCGGUAGCUGCAGCAGAAGCUGCUGAAGAUGAGGAACUUGCUGUCUUUCUGAAGCCUGAUGAAAUAUUGGCUAGAGAGGCUCGGCAAAAGAUUAGACGAGUUGAUCCUACCCUUGACAUGGAGGCUGAUAUGGGAGAUGACUACACUCAUCUUAUGGACCAUGGGAUCAUUCGCGAUGGCUCUAAGGACACAAUUGAACCACAGAAUGACCAGUUUAGGAGGUCAUUGUUGCAAGAUCUUAAUCGUCAUGCUGCUGUUGUUCUGGAAGGCAGGACCAUUGCAGAUGUCGAGUCGGAGGAUACAAGGCUUGUUGCAGAGGCUCUCGCACGAGCCAAACAAGUAGGCAAAGCUGAUGAUGGAACCUCCAAGGAUGCAAAUCAGGAGAGGUUGGAGAGAAUGUCUCGGAUGGCAGAGAUGGAGGAUCUUCAGGCGCCACAGAACUUCCCAUUAGCACCGCUCUCUAUCAAGGACCCUCGAGACUACUUUGAAUCUCAACAAGCAAAAACUUCCAAAGAUGUGCCUGGCGGAGCAGGGUCAUUAAAAAGAAGCGUCUGGGAAGCUUAUGGGUCGCUAAAAGAAUCCAUUUCCGAGAUUAGAACUGCUGGAUUAAGCGAUCCCUUGAUUAAACCUGAAGUUGCUUUCAAGGUUUUCAGUUCAUUAACCCAAACUAUCUCAAGCGCUAAAUACAAUCUUGGGAAGAAUCCUCGGGAGAGCUUUCUGGAUAGACUACCAAACUCUACCAAAGAAGAAAUUCUCCAUCACUGGACGUCUAUACAAGAAUUGUUGAGGCAUUUCUGGUCAUCGUACCCGAUAACGACCACCCACCUUCAUGUCAAGGUUGGCAGGCUGAAGGACGGCAUGUCCAAUAUUUAUUCCCAGCUCGAGGCGAUGAAGGAAACAGUGCAAUCAGACCUCCGGCAUCAUGUUUCUCUACUGGUUCGUCCAAUGCAACAGGCUCUUGACGCAGCGUUCCAACACUACGAGGCAGACCUGCAGAGAAGAACGGCCAAGAUCGGAGGCGAGAGACCAAAUGGAUACAUUUAAUGAUCUAAGUUUACUUAAAUCUUUUUUUUUUUCUGAUCCUUUGGUAUCGAUUGUUACCCAUUGUUACAUUUUUAUUUCCAUUCACACGUUUUUUGUACAUUUGAAAACUUACAAAAAUUUUGUUCAAUUUCCAUUGCGAAGUCCGUAUGAAUA